AGAUAGCUCUUUAAGUCACGAGCGGGGAGAAAUGUUUGCCCCGGGAAAAUUUGCCUGGGGAAUAAAAUUUGCCAGACUGCUGCACGGGUGAGCUCGGUGAGAAGGAAGAAACCCGGACCGGAGGAGGUGAGGUCGAGAGCCAGGUUCAGGUGCAGGAGCUAGAUGCGUGGACGCCGGUGCGUGGACUGGAGGUUUCCAGGUAUCGCGCUUAGCGUGCCUGUUGAAGUCAAAUGCAUGGUUAAGGAGGCUAGCGAGGAAGGCUAGUGAGGGAAACUUGUGGAAACGGCUACGAGCCCAGAAAAGGCAUGACGCGUCCAGUUGUCCAAGUUUUUGGAAAGGAAAAGCGGGAAAGCGCCACGAUCCCACCUACUGUGCGGAGGAAUCUGCGAGUCUCCCAGCUCCACCCCCUCAACAGUGAUGCAGAGGACAAACACCGACGUAGGGAGAGGAAAAAAUAAAAAAAAUAAAACUCCAGGGAGCGGGGAGUAGGCAACCAGCAGUCUUCCGGCAAUAGGGCGGGAGGGAGCGCGUCCCAAGGAAACAAGCACCGCAUAAAUACUUGAGUUGGGAACCCAGUGCUUCCGGAAGCUCGGAGCUCACCUUCCCGACCUCGCCGAAGUUGAAAAAAGGCAGAGCAGGGAGAGGGGCCAGCUCACCCUGCUGAGAGCUGCUCAGUGGGCAGGCGGGACGCUGCUCCGGGAGACGCCCACUGGAGGGAUCGCAGAGCCCGGCAAGCUGCGAGCGCGCCAAAGACCCUGCGCUUCGGACGAGGAGCCCAAGUCCUCCGAGACCGGGAGGGAGCGGCCCGCGAGGGCUGGAGCUCCGAAGAGGGCCGAGUAGGAACUGCAUGGACAGCAUGCGUCUCUCCGCCGGUCCCGACGCGGGGCCCUCGGGCAACUCCAGCCCAUGGUGGCCCCUGGCCACCGGCGCUGGCAACACAAGCCGGGAGGCCGAAGCCCUCGGGGAAGGCAACGGCCCACCGAGGGACGUGCGCAACGAGGAGCUGGCCAAACUGGAGAUCGCCGUGCUGGCGGUGACUUUCGCGGUGGCCGUGCUGGGCAACAGCAGCGUACUGCUGGCUCUGCACCGGACGCCGCGCAAGACGUCCCGCAUGCAUCUCUUCAUCCGACACCUCAGCCUGGCCGACCUGGCCGUGGCAUUCUUCCAGGUGCUGCCGCAAAUGUGCUGGGACAUCACCUACCGCUUCCGCGGCCCCGACUGGCUGUGCCGCGUGGUGAAGCACCUGCAGGUGUUCGGCAUGUUCGCGUCGGCCUACAUGCUGGUAGUCAUGACAGCCGACCGCUACAUCGCCGUGUGCCACCCGCUCAAGACUCUGCAACAGCCCGCGCGCCGCUCGCGCCUCAUGAUCGCGGCCGCCUGGGUGCUGAGCUUCGUGCUGAGCACGCCGCAGUACUUCGUCUUCUCCAUGAUCGAGGUGAACAAUGUCACCAAGGCCCGCGACUGCUGGGCCACCUUCAUCCAGCCCUGGGGUUCUCGUGCCUACGUGACCUGGAUGACGGGCGGCAUCUUUGUGGCGCCCGUGGUCAUCUUGGGUACCUGCUACGGCUUCAUCUGCUACAACAUCUGGCGCAACGUCCGCGGGAAGACGGCGUCGCGCCAGAGCAAGGGUGCAGAGCAAGCGGGUGUGGCCUUCCAAAAGGGGUUCCUGCUCGCACCCUGUGUCAGCAGCGUGAAGUCCAUUUCCCGGGCCAAGAUCCGCACGGUGAAGAUGACUUUUGUGAUCGUGACGGCUUACAUCGUCUGCUGGGCGCCUUUCUUCAUCAUCCAGAUGUGGUCUGUCUGGGAUCCCAAGUCCGUCUGGACCGAAUCGGAAAACCCUACCAUCACCAUCACUGCAUUACUGGGUUCCUUGAAUAGCUGCUGUAAUCCCUGGAUAUACAUGUUUUUUAGUGGCCAUCUCCUUCAGGACUGUGUUCAAAGCUUCCCAUGCUGCCAAAACAUGAAGGAAAAAUUCAACAAAGAAGAUACUGACAGUAUGAGCAGAAGACAGACUUUUUAUUCUAACAAUCGAAGCCCAACAAACAGCACGGGUAUGUGGAAGGACUCACCUAAAUCUUCCAAGUCCAUCAAAUUCAUUCCUGUUUCAACUUGAGCCUUGCGUUCAUGCAACUUGAUUCUUGUGAUUGACUUUUUGGCUCAUUAGCUGAAUUGAGCUAGAAAUCACAAGAACAAAUACACUUUAUUAAUAUAACCAUAAAUCAAUUCAUUGGGUACGAGACUGUGUUUCUAGUUGCAUUUUCAUAUUGCUACCAAAAACUAGACAUUAUUUUGUAUGGAAUAUUAAUGGAAACAUGCUGUACUAAAAUAUGCAGGUCUGAUUCCCAGAAAUACAACAGAAGUUAUAUUUUUAAAGGAAAAAUCAUAACCACCCUAGCUUUAUAUUUUGUUGUUGGUUUCUUUUAUUUUCAUUUCUAACAUAAGUAAGACUUGAUUGGUUUAAAAGUCACAUAAAAUGUGGCACUAUUUCUGAACAAAGAGAGCUCAUCAUCAGUCUUAAUAUUCAGAGAAAACUUCAGAGAAAUUAUGUUUUCAUCCAUUAAAAUUAAUUUGUGCAUCAGAAAAUGCAGCCUUAAACAGUGUCCAGGAGAUGGGAUGGUACCUCCUAGGAGUACAAGUGCCUGGGGUGUAAUGAGCUCCUGCUCAUUGUGGCCAGUUUAGAGUUCUAUUAGAAGCUAUCGAUCACCUUGCAUUUCAAAACGGUAACUUUACAACUGGCAGUGGCCUCCUUUUGGUUCCUCACAUAUUAUUGGUCAAGAAAAGCAUGAAAACUGAGAUGCUGAAGGUGAGAGGAAAUGUUGACUGGCCAAAAAUAUCUUUUUUCCCCCACUGCGAGGUUGUUUUAAAGUCAGAUUUGUAUAAGGAAAGCCAAAUUUUAUUAAAAGAGUAGAAAAGGAUUGCUUAAGGUACUCUGGACUUUCUCUUGGACAUUGUAAACGUAUUUUGAUCAGUGUUACAAGGGUAUCCUGUGCUAUGCUGGAUAUUAACAAGAUCAUUAUCUUCAUGUUUGGGGAAUUCAGAUUCAUAAUAUGAGUAUCCUAAAGAGUGACUCAGGAUAUAAAGUGUCCCAACAUGUUUAAUUAAAAAUAGCUUUGUCUUUCCAAUCUCUCACUCAUCUAACAAUUGCAAAGCAGAGAUGAGACAGGGUUGGGACAUGGGUGACAGAUGGAAAGAGAACUGCUCUGUGCCCAGACUGGCUUCCUUCAUUAUUAAAUCCACAACUUUAGGCAAGUUUCUUAAACACGUAUAAAGCCUCUGUUUCCUUGACUUACCGUGGGGUUGAUAACACUUACCUCACAGAGUUGUUGUAAGGACUAAAUGAAAUCAAAUAUGUUAAAAGAGCUUCAGAAAUAGUAAAGUACUAUACACAUGCUAGCAGUUGCUUUUAUUAUAGCCUUGGGAUCUCCAAAAUUGCACAGAUGUUUUCCAGUUUAUUUUUCAUUAACUAGAAUUGGUUCAUUUAAUGGCUGGGAUAUAAAAUCCAAAAAUUUAAAUAUAGAUCGCUGAUUCAUUGGACAACAUUUCCAGUGACCGCUCAGCUUGACUUCUCCUGCCUGACUAAAGUUUUCCAAUUUAAAGACAGAACUUGCUUUUCUUUGAAUGCAGGUAGAUCAAAGCCACCCACAAGCAUCAGUUUUUUCCAUUUUUAAACGGAGACCAAUUACACUACUUUGCUGUUGUUAUUACAUUUUUCAUUAAUGGAACUCAGUGAUUUUUUUUCCUAGCUAUUUUGUCUGGCUGCUUCUUCUUCUCAGAGAUCAUGCAAUGAUUUGAGGAUACAUCAUAAAUAUUUUGCAUCCUUAAGAGGAAGUAAUAGUUGCUUUUUUUUUUUUUGAAACAGAGUCUUGCUCUUUUGCCAGGCUGGAGUGCAGUGGCGUGAUCUCGGCUCACCGCAACCUCCGCCUCCCGGGUUCAAGCGAUUCUCCUGCCUCAGCCUCCCGAGUAGCUGGGACUAUAUGCAUGUGCCACCACACCCAGCUAAUUUUUAUAUUUUUAGUAGAGACGGGGUUUCACCAUGUUGGCCAGCAUGGUUUUAAUAGUAUUAUUGAGUUUCUUUUUUUACCUUUGUAGAUAAGAAAAUGAGAACUGGAUAGCACUGUGAGAACCCGGAAGCGAUAACUUCACUCCUCUUCAUUCUUCUGCCUUUUGAAAUUCUCAGCCCUUAGGCUCCUUGUAUUGAUAGGCCUAAAAACAUGUUUCCAAAUGCUUUAUAGAGAUUAUAAACCUAGGGGCUCCCUAGGUUUUCAAAUUCUUCUUUCUAAAAAUAACAAAUAUGUCUCUUAAAGGGUACUGUCCAAUAUAAGCCAUAACUAAAUUAAUUAAUUCAUUAUUUGAGUUAGAGUAGCAUCUCAGUAACCGGGCACUCGAAGACUGUCAGUCCUUUUAACAACUCUUUGAUAGUUCAAAAACUAAAGCUUUUUGGUUUGGAACUAAGAUGAACCCAUUUUUUUCUAAAUCCAUUUCCAAAGUAAGAACCUCAGAACCUAUAGAUCUUGCUUCAAAAUGUUGAUAUGUACCCCCAAGCAAAACAAUUCAAUUUGAAUGUUAUUUCUGAGAACAGCUCACAAAAAAAGUGCAUAUCACCCUACCCAGUUGUAUUUUCUCCUUUUAAAUGUAUUGGGAGAUGAGACAGUAGAAAAUGCGCUGGGGAAACAUGAGACCUGGGUGCUAGUUCUGCACUAGGCAAAUACGUGGUCUUAUUCUCUGCGGUUUAGGCUGAGAAGUUUCAUCUGUCUGGUUGCUAAAUUUUCUCAAUGUUAUGUACCCAGAAAUGGAAGUCACAUAUCUCAAAACAAUAUAUCAGAUUGGAAGGAAUCUACUUGCCUGUCUGUUUCAGAAGAAGAAAAACUGAAAAAGUAUUCCAGGAAGGGAAGUUUUCCUUUUCUUGACUAAAGAGAAGACCUGAGAUAUUAUGCCAAAUAACAGCUUACAGUCAAGAAAAAAAUGUGUUGCAGCACCUUAUUUUAUUUUUCACAGUUAACAGUGGGAAGAUCCUGCAAGUACACAGUUUUAAUGCCGCUAUGUGGGUAUUAGGAAUGUGAUAUAUAAAAAAUGUCCAAUAGGGAGAAACUAAUCAGUUGGGCAUUUGAUGAAUAUUACUGAUGAUGGUAAAGAAACAGUUUAGAGUGCAUUAUUAAGUGCUUAAUGGGUUAAUUUUGGAGCAUGUAUUCUAAAGUGUAAAACUACUUGGCUUUUAUUUUGAAAUUUCAUUUGGAACACAAUUGUGAAGGAAAUCCGUGAAAUUCUUGGGUUAAUUAUAUACUUCUUUUACAUAUAGAAUUUCUGUCAUCAUCAAAGAAGUCUUAUGCCAUGAUUUCGGGAAGGGUAUGGUUUUAGAGAAAAAAUACUAAGCAGUCUUAAUAAUACACAGGACCCUGCCAAGCUUAUUACAGUUUCUAGAAUGGACAACUACUAAUGAUUAAGAAACAACUUUCAUCUGUUAUUACACAAGAAACCCAAUUAGGUUAAAGUUUGAUGUUUUCAGACUCUAAAGCCUAUGUUUUUGUAACUUAAUUGGACUUUCGGAGUGUUAAAUUAUGGCUUCAGAGUUUGACUCUACCUAAAAUUUAGUUAGAUGCCAACCAGGGAGAAAUUAAACCUAAUCCUUCACCCCAAAUAUCAGAGGUUAGACAAACCCAUGUUAAUUGGAGCCUUAUGGAUAUUCACAUUGGAGGCAAUAGCUUUAUUUAGAGUAAGCCCAGGACAGGGCCGUCUGGGAUGCUAGUUCUGGAAAUGCAGAAGCAGCCACUGUAUCCCUGCCCACCCCCUCCAUCCAGCCCUUUUGGUACUACUCAGUAUUGUUGACAACAUUUGGAAUCAUAAGUAACAUAGGACAGUAAGUAUUAGAGAAUGAUUCUCCGUUAGAAUUGGACCUCAGCCGAUUUGAGCCAAAAUUUAGGAACUAUUCAGAAGAAAGUUUCUUUCUUUUGAGUGCUUAAGACAGUGUAAAUGGUUCGAAUCACACACAUUUUAAGAUUCCAUUGUAUACAUAAGCAUUUUAAGAAUAUUGUUUUAACAUAAUUAUUAGGCAUACUAAGUUAUCAUGAAUGAAAAUGUACAUGUGACCUGUAGUAUGUCAUAUAUUAUUAUGGCUAAAUGUUAAAUGCCAUUUUUUUGCUUUUUAGUUUUAUGUAUUUUUGUAUGUAUAUACCCACAUUUUUACAUUGAUUUAUGUUCUAAAUAAUAAUUAAAACAAAGUAUUAUAGAAUGAAUGAAAUAUUUUUGUGUUCCAUGGUCAAAUUAUUAAUAAAUUCAGGAAAGAAAAUCUGAUGAUAAAUCUGAUAUAAAUACCAGAAUAAUUAUUAUUAAUAUAAAAUAAUAUGUUCACAUAUGAAGGUAUGUCUUCAUACUACAGGAUUUCUGACUUGAAUAUAUUCUAUAAUGCUUUAAUUCAUUACCAUAACAAAUGUACUAAGAAUUAAUGUUGCAUCUUUAGUAUUCCAUUUUUUGGAACUGUUUUUCAAAUGUUCUAUAUCCUCUAGCUUAUUAUGCUAUCUAAAAUAAUUUCAGUGUGUUUUUUCCUGGGGCAACUGAAUGAUUCUUUUUUUGAAUGAGUGAUAAAAUGUUUUGUGAUAGUAUCUAAUAUUUGGUCCUUUACAGAAAAAAUGGCUUGUCGUACUAUAUUGAAAAAACUAUUGUAUUUCCUCAAUUUUACUGUGUAUUGUCUUGUUUCUAUAAACAAAAAUAAGUUUUGGA